AUGUCCGGAGAAAACUCACCCGACAACGCGGCGCGUCAAGAGGAUGGCCCGGUACCUCCGGUGGAGCACCUCAAUAUCAAAGUGACCGACAACAAUAACGAGGUCUUCUUCAAGAUCAAGCGCUCAACUUACCUCAAAAAGCUUAUGGACGCCUUCUGCGAACGGAGUGGAAGAAGUCCACAGAGCGUGCGGUUUCUCUUCGAUGGCCAACGCGUUCAUCCGACCGAUAACCCCGAUUCGCUCGAAAUGCAAGACGGCGACACCUUGGAAGUGCACCAAGAGCAAGUGGGUGGCAACUUUUAA